AUGAAGUUGACCCGCAAUAACUUCACUCGUGCAGCAUGCAUCGCCCAGUCCUUUCCAUACCCAAAGUUCUUCGGUGCUCAGACCGUCUCGCUGACUGCUGAGACUGUCACCAAUUAUUCCAUGCAGAUUCCCCAAGCAGGAUAUCCCGCUCACGAUGCACGAAACGUGAGCAAUCUCAAUUUCUGCAAUGUCAGCAUCAUCUAUACGCAUCCUGGGCAGCAUGAUUCUAUCAAUGUGCAAGUAUGGCUGCCGUUGGAAGACUGGAACCAGCGACUUCAGGGAGCAGCUAGUGGUGGGUUCCUAGCAGGGUUGACCGUCGCCCCCAUGGCGGGCGCAUUGAGCGAUGGGUUCGCGGUUGUUUCCACUGAUGCUGGCCAUAAGGUUGAAGAUGCGAGUACAUGGGCACUCCUCAGCCCCGGAAAUGUGGAUCUGUAUGCACUGCAAAACUUCGCCUCUGUGUCUCUGAAUGACGCUGCCAUUAUCGGCAAAUCUAUCACUGAGAGCUUCUACGGUCAGCGCCCAAGCCGAUCGUACUGGAACGGUUGCUCGGGCGGUGGCAGGCAGGGUCUGAUGCUUGCGCAGCGGUAUCCCGAUGCCUUCGACGGCAUCGUAGCUGCAGCGCCAGGUAUUAAUUUCAAUAUCGCUCUGACUGCAGGAAUGUAUUGGCCCAUACUGCUCGAAAGGAAAGGUCAAGUUCCCUCACCCUGCGAAAUAUAUGCGCUCUCACUCGCGGUGGUUGCUGCCUGCGAUGCGAAUGACGGCGUUGUCGACAACAUUAUAUCGGAUCCUGACCCGGGACAUUGCAAAUUCGAUCCAUUCUCAGUGGUCGGCCAAACCUUCGAUUGUCAGGGGGCCAAGGUCAAGAUUUCCCAGGCUGCUGCGCUUGGAGCUGCCGCCGGUUGGGAUGGGGUCCGAGCAGCUAAUGGCAGUUUGCUGUAUCCUGGGGUCAACCGCGGCGCUCUGCUGAAUGUGGGACUCAACAGCACUUGCGAUAGUCAUACAGGAAAAUGUGAGAUGGUUCCAUUUACAUACUCAACACAAUGGGUCCAGUACUGGCUGGAGAAGGAUCCCAAUUUCAACUGGACCACUCUUACCAUGGACGAUUUCUAUCGUCUGUGGCGCCUUUCUGAAUCCAUCUAUACGGAUAUGACCGCAACCAACGACCCUGACCUCAGUGGAUUUCGAGCGUCCGGUGGGAAGAUGAUUACCUGGGCCGGCCUUGCAGAUCCUGCCGUUCCGACGAACUCGUCGAGGAAUUAUUAUGAGAUGGUGGAGCAGCUCGACCCUGAUGUCAGACAAUACUACCGGUACUUCCAGGCACCCGGUGUUCAACAUUGUGGCGGCGGCAAUGGACCCUAUCCAGGGAAGGCCUUUGAAAGCCUUAUGGCUUGGGUAGAGCGUGGCGAAGCUCCAGAUGUUCUUCAUGGAGUCAGCUUGCCAGAUGCAAAUGGGACUGUCUAUCGAAGGCCCAUCUGUGCCUAUCCUCUUAAGGCACACUACAAGAAGAAAGGCAAUGCCGCCUUGGCUGAAAACUGGGAAUGCACUUGA